AUGGCGGCUUUGUGUGCCCCAACACUGAAUUCUGUGGCUCCUGCAUUGGUGAUUCUAUCUCAAUCCCAACGAUCCCAGCGAUCCCAAGCUAGUAGUAGUAAAGUCAGAGUCAGAGGAAGACCCACAAUGCCAAUGCUGCGGGCUGCUGCGCCUCUCACAAUUGCUUGUGCGGCUUUGAAAUCGAUUACCUUUUCUGGGUUGCCAUCAAUCAAUGCAUUGGACAAUAAUAAUGUGGUCCGAUUUGGCCAAAGCUCGUUACUUUCGAAAGUGGGACCAACAACAACUAAUACUACUAAUGAUCGUUAUCACCAGCAGUAUCAAAGUAGGAGAAGAUGCAGUCGAAUGGUGCCAAAAGCUAUGUUUGAACGUUUAGGUGCUGAUCCCGGAAAGAUUCGUGCCCAGGUGAUUAAAAUGAUUGCUGAUAAUGAGGAUGCAUAUGCUUUCCCAGUUGGUAUGGAUCCAAGCAGUAGUAACAAGAUACCUACAUUGGAGGAGUUUGGUACUAAUCUGACAAAGCUUGCUGCAGACGGGAAAUUGGAUCCUGUAGUUGGAAGACAGGAACAAAUUGAGCGUGUUAUUCAGAUAUUAGGUCGAAGAACCAAGAAUAAUCCGUGCCUUAUUGGAGAGCCUGGUGUUGGAAAAACCGCGGUGGCCGAGGGGCUUGCUCAACGGAUUGCCAAGGGUGAUGUUCCUGAGACGAUUGAGGGAAAACAGGUUAUAACAUUGGACAUGGGGCUCCUGGUUGCGGGGACGAAAUACCGUGGAGAAUUCGAGGAAAGGCUGAAGAGGUUGAUGGAUGAGAUCAGGCAGAAUAAGGAAAUCAUACUCUUCAUUGAUGAAGUGCAUACAUUGAUUGGUGCUGGAGCUGCUGAGGGAGCCAUUGAUGCUGCAAACAUUUUGAAACCUGCUCUGGCUCGUGGUGAACUUCAGUGUAUUGGGGCAACAACUCUGGAUGAAUACAGGAAGCACAUUGAGAAAGAUCCAGCUUUAGAGAGGCGUUUUCAGCCUGUUAAGGUGCCUGAGCCGUCUGUGGACGAAACUGUUCAGAUUUUGAAAGGGCUUCGAGAGCGAUACGAGCUCCAUCACAAACUUUGUUACACAAAUGAAGCUUUGGUUGCAGCUGCCCAGCUGUCUUACCAAUAUAUCAGUGACCGGUUCUUGCCUGACAAAGCCAUCGACUUGAUUGAUGAAGCUGGUUCUCGUGUUCGACUUCGUUAUGCUCAGCUCCCUGUGAAAGCUAGAGAGUUGGAGAAACAGCUCAGACAGCUCGCCGUUUUGAAGGAUGAAGCCAUCCGUAGUCAAGACUUUGACAAGGCUAAGGAAAUACAUGACAGAGAAAUGGAUCUUCGGGCUCAAAUCAGAACUGUUAUUGAGAAGAACAAAGAGAUGAGCAUCGCAGAAACUGAGCUGGAGGAUGGUAGAAUCAUGGUGACGGAAGUGGAUAUACAGCACAUUGUCGCUUUGUGGACUGGAAUACCUGUUGAUAAGGUGUCCAGCGAUGAAUCUGAUCGGCUUCUGAAGAUGGAAGAGACACUUCACAAUCGAGUCAUUGGACAGGAUGAAGCUGUCAAAGCCAUUAGCCGUGCCAUUCGCCGUGCUCGUGUUGGACUCAAGAAUCCCGACAGGCCUAUUGCGAGCUUUAUUUUCUCCGGUCCUACCGGAGUUGGGAAGUCAGAACUGGCUAAAGCGCUCACUGCUUACUACUUUGGUUCUGAGGAAGCUAUGGUUAGGCUAGAUAUGAGUGAAUUCAUGGAGAGACAUACCGUCUCGAAGCUCAUCGGUUCACCUCCAGGUUAUGUUGGUUAUACUGAGGGUGGUCAGCUGACAGAAGCUGUUCGCCGUCGGCCUUAUACUGUUGUGCUGUUUGAUGAGAUUGAGAAGGCUCAUCCAGAUGUUUUCAACAUGAUGCUUCAGAUUCUUGAAGAUGGGCGCUUGACUGACAGUAAGGGUCGGACUGUUGACUUCAAAAACACACUCUUGAUCAUGACCUCAAAUGUGGGAAGUAGCAUCAUCGAGAAAGGUGGGCGACAGAUGUGUUUUGAUGUAGAUUAUGAUGAGAAAGAUAGUAGUUACAACAGGAUUAAAACCAUGGUGACCGAGGAAUUGAAACAGUACUUCAAGCCCGAAUUCUUGAACAGAUUGGAUGAGAUGAUCGUGUUUAGACAACUUACUAAGCUGGAGGUGAAGGACAUUGCUGACAUUAUGCUCAAGGAAGUGUUUGAGAGGUUGAAGAAGAAGGAAAUACAACUUCAGGUGACAGAGAGGUUCAGGGACAGAGUUGUUGAUGAGGGUUACGAUCCAAGCUAUGGUGCGCGGCCUCUACGAAGAGCCAUAAACAGACUGUUGGAGGAUAGUUUGGCUGAGAAGAUGCUCGGCCGGGAGAUCAAGGAAGGCGAUUCCGUCAUUGUGGACGUUGAUUCAAAGGGCAAUGUAACCGUCCUCAAUGGCAGUGCUGGCGUUCUAGUAGAAUAA